CCCGUGUGCCUCCUCGGUUACGACGGUUACCUCAGUGCGGUGAAUGAGCGUGAAUGAACGAUAAGCGCGUGGACGAUCGUGGCCAGCUUCGCGUCGCACGGUUCCUCGGCCGCGGGUCUUGACAAGGUGCGAGAGAAAAGGGGGCGAAAGGGUGUGUGUGUGUGUGUAUGUGUGUGUGAGAGAAAGAAAGAAAGAGAGAGAGAGAGAGAAAGAGGAUGGCGCAGAGGCGACUGUGAGUCGGCGGGAUAAUUGUGGGCCGGAGGAACGAGCAAAAGGAAAAAGGCGCGUCGUGAUGCUGCCGAUGAUUCCGCUGCUGGUGCUGAUCGCACGCUCGUCGCCCUCAUCGUUAUCGUCGUCGUGAAGCGAGCCAACCCCGUCACGAUGCAAUCCGUCUACUGGACUGGACGAUUGCUGUCGCGCGCGCUCUGGAACGGCAUCGCGAGCUAUAGCAGUGCGUGCAGCGGCGAGCAACAGCCGAGCGCCGUCGUGAGCAGCAGGCGCCGCGAGGCCUCGCUCGUCUCCGCCGUCUGCGGUUUCCCCAAGGACUUUGCCCGGAGCCGGAUACGCAGGGGCCAGUUCGGCGACGACGCCUGGUUCACUGCCAGAUUCAGGACGGCCGAAGUCAUAGGUGUGGCUGAUGGUGUAGGGGGAUGGCGACACUACGGAAUUGAUCCAGGAGAGUUUUCUAAUUUCCUAAUGAGGACAUGUGAGAGGCUAGUCUCGAUGGGCAGAUUUACACCUACAGAACCAGCUGGCUUAUUAGCACGUAGUUACUAUGAAUUGUUAGAAAAUAAACAACCAAUAUUAGGUAGCAGUACCGCAUGCGUAAUAGUUCUCAAUAAAGAGACGAGCAGCAUUUACGCAGCCAAUAUAGGAGAUAGCGGCUUCGUAGUCGUACGAAGGGGAGAAGUGGUACAUCGGUCCUCGGAGCAACAACAUUACUUCAAUACUCCCUUCCAGUUGUCGUUGCCACCUCCAGGACACUCUGAUCUAGUACUUCGCGACAGUCCAGAAUCCGCCGACACUUCGAGUUUCGGGGUAGAGGACGGCGAUGUGAUCCUUCUGGCAACCGACGGGGUAUUCGACAAUGUGCCUGACCAGUUGCUAGUCACCGAGAUGCGUAAGAUUGAGGGCGAGAGGGAUCCAACGAAAAUACAGUGUGUCGCUAACACGAUAGCGUGGAUGGCGCGUCGUUUGGCUUUUGACGGCGCCUUCAUGUCUCCGUUUGCUCAAAAUGCCCGAGAGAAUGGGAUCGAUGCAAUAGGUGGUAAACCGGACGAUAUCACGGUGCUUUUAGCAACAGUGGCGAUAUGAUAAAACAAUAAGGAACAAGUGUACAAUAGAGCCCUGAUGAUCAUUGUAUUAUAGUCCAUGUCAUUGCGUAUAUGUAUUUAGUUAUACAUUCAUUAUAUUAAUCCUAUUACGCUAAUCAUUUAUUAUUUAAAUCGAAAUAAAUGGUUUUGUAAAAUCACUUCUUAUCCUA